AGUUUUCUCUUGAUGUAUUUUAUAUUUUUGAUGUGGGAUUCCUGUGGUGGAAGCUAUCAGCGGACUUCAUUCAUCCAUUAGUAAAAAUGUGAAGUGUUCAGAGGUUCAAAGAAAUAUUUUCUAGUUUUGCUGUUGAGAGCGAAACGUUCUCAAAAGAAUAAGAAAGAAUGAGCAGAAGAGGUAUUAAAGCGCCAUUCUGGGCUAAUGCAACGAGAAAAGCUGGUUUCGAUAGAGAAAGCUCUUCAACUUCAACCCAAAAAUCUGAAAUGAUGGAAGAGGAUGAAGACUUUGAUGUAUUACCUCCACCGCCAGACACCAAAGAGCUCACUGAAAAAGAGCUUACAACAAACACUGCAAGUAAUGCUUCCCCAUGUUGUACAUAUGCACAAAAACAACCUAGAACACUAGCCUCACAAGAAAAGAGCCCCAAAAGACUAAGGACUCAUUCAACAGGUGAAAGUGAAGCUUCAGACUUCAUACCGCCUGAAAAUCCAUGCUUUGUUGACAGCGCUGAUGUUGGAAGAACAUGGUACUACACAAGAAGGAAUAACAGGAGACACAGAAACAGAAGUAUUCCAUUCAAGAUUGUAACCUACAAUGUCUUAGCAGAUUCACUGCUUAAAUCUCAUCCAGCACUUUAUGAGGACUGUUCUGCUUGGUGUCUGGAAUGGGAAUACAGGAAGAAGAAUCUCCUUAAGGAAAUACUCCACUAUAAUGCUGAUAUUUUGUGCCUCCAAGAAGUUGAAGAUCAACAUUACGAAAAUUGGUUUAAACCUGAACUACUAAAAGCUGGAUAUCAGGGGACUUACAAGAAGAGAACUGGUGAUAAAGUAGAUGGAUGUGCAACAUUCUACAAAGAAUCAAAAUUUAGAAUUGUAACUCACCAAUUCUUUGACUACAAGAGAGAAGAUGUUCCAGUGAUGGAUAGAGAUAAUGUGGCAAUGUUAACGCUACUCUAUCCACGGUACCGGGAUGGUGGUACAUGCCACAGCACAGCAUUGUGUGUGGUCAAUACUCAUCUGUUAUUUAACAAGAAUAGAGGAGACAUCAAAUUGUUACAACUGGCUUGUCUGUUUGCUGAAAUAGAUAAACUAAAGAAAGAGUAUCUCCUUAGUAAAGCAGUGCGUAAGCCCCAUACGAGCAUCAAGAAGAUACCAGUUGUUCUAUCAGGGGACUUCAACACUACACCUUUCUGUCCUCUUUACAAUUUUAUCACCAGAGGCUUUUUGGAUUACAAGGGAAUGAAUAAAAAAGCACUGUCAGGGCAGAACCCACCCCAUCAUGUUGUGUACAGAGACAGAGAUGUGAUCAAUGGGAACAUUGUUCCAUUAGAGUUGGGUCUUUCCCACCUGAGUGUGUGGGACGAGGAGCCUGCUCCUGCCCAAGAUCAGGCUGGUGGUACUUCAAGUUCUCAAACCAAUAGCAUCUUUGCUGAAGACAAUUUUGAUGCAGCAAAUUCUGGUUGGCAGGAAGGUCGGCAGGAAUAUAGCUCCACUUUUCACUCUGCUAUGCCUCAACAAAGGGGUACCAGUAGUAACAUACCACCUCUUUUAUCUCAACAUCAGCAGACUACUUAUAGAUAUCAUAGAGGGCAUCCGUUUGAACCUGCUGUAACUUAUCAUGCAGGCAAUAUGACUGUAUCAAUGCUGUCUAGACAUCAACUUAAUACUUUCAGUGGUAACAUAGGGACUCUCUUCACCCCCAGACAAGCUGUAGAUGAUCUUCCAAGGUACCAUGUACCCCCAGAGCCUGUGAAUCCUAGGCACAACCCAACAUGUACAAUUCUUAAACACAACUUACACUUCUAUAGUGUAUACAGGCACUACCUGCCAAACAGGAUCAAAGAAGUAACCACUUAUCAUGAGAAGGAACCGAGCUGUACCGUGGACUAUAUGUUUAUCGCAGCAGGCAGGGAGUUCUCAUGUAGUAGCUGUAGACAGAGACAUGCUGCGUUAGAGCUGACGGAUAGCUUGCGGCUUCUGAGUGAGGAGCAGAUAUCGUUACUGGGUGGUUUACCCAAUCAGAAACUGUCGUCGGAUCAUUUAGCUUUAGUUGCUGGUUUUGUUCUCCAUGUUUAAUGGUAUGUUAAAGUUUUGUUAAUAAUUAUUGAAUAUAAAAUCAGCAGAAAUUUAUGCAAGCAUUCGUGAGAAAAAUAUCAUAGUAAAAGAAAACGUUUUGAAUUUAAAUGAAUAAAUAUAAAAUACAUUAGAUAUUGAUAUUGAUAUUGGCAGUCUUCCCCCUUCACGUCACCCAGCCUUUCCAGCCUUUAGACUGCAUUCAUGAUGUAUGGCAGGGGGGGCAGGUGAAAUUUAGGGGGGAUUGAAAAAAAUUUUACCAAAAAGGAAAUUUUUUUUUAGAAAAUUUUUAUCAGACAAUUGGGCGGGAUGCAAAAUUUUUAGAAGAAGCU